CCUGCGGCCGCCCCGCAGCCCCCGCCUCAGGCGGCCGGAGGGGCGGGCCUGGGGGCGGGGCCUCGAGGGCGGGCGGAAGCCCGGGGGGAGGUGCUUCCGGGACAGAGGGCGGGCAAGAUGGCGGCGCCCAUGGAGCUGUUCUGCUGGUCGGGGGGCUGGGGGCUACCGUCAGUGGACCUGGACAGCCUGGCCGUGCUGACCUAUGCCAGGUUCACUGGUGCCCCCCUCAAGGUGCACAAGACUGGCAACCCCUGGCGGAGCCCUUCAGGAACUCUGCCUGCCCUCCGGACCAGUGACGGAGAGGUCAUCUCGGUGCCACACAAGAUCCUCACCCACCUGCGAAAAGAGAAGUACAACGCUGACUACGAUCUGUCGGCCCGGCAGGGGGCAGACACCUUGGCCUUCAUGUCUCUGCUGGAGGAGAAGCUGCUCCCGGUGCUGAUCCAUACUUUUUGGGUGGACACCAAGAACUACGUGGAGGUGACCCGGAAGUGGUACGCCGAGGCCAUGCCCUUCCCCCUGAACUUCUUCCUUCCUGGCCGCAUGCAGCGACAGUUCAUGGAGCGGCUGCAGCUGCUGUGCGGGGAGCGCAGGCCCGAGGACGAGGACGAGCUGGAGAAGGAGCUGUACCAGGAGGCUCGGGAAUGCCUGACCCUGCUCUCCCAGCGCCUGGGCUCUCAGAAGUUCUUCUUUGGGGAUGCCCCCGCCUCCCUGGACGCCUUCAUGUUUGGCUACUUGGCGCUGCUGCUGCAGGCGAGGCUGCCCAGCGGGAAGCUGCAGGCCCACCUGCGGGGGCUGCACAACCUCUGCGCCUACUGCGCGCACAUCCUCAGCCUCUACUUCCCCUGGGAUGGAGCGGAGGUGCCGCUUCCACGCCAGACGCCAGCAGGCCCGGAGGCUGAGGAGGAGCCGCACCGGCGGCGGGACCAGGUGCUGUCGGUGCUGGCGGCGCUGGCGGCCAUGGCCGGCUACGCCCUGCUCAGCGGCAUCGUGUCCCUGCAACGGGCAGCGCCUACCCGGGCCCCCGGCCCCCGGUCACUGCGCAUGGCCGAGGAGGAGGAGGAGGACGAGUGACCUGGCCGCGAGCUCCCAGGCCGGACUUUUCUGCUCUCACACAUUCCAGAGGCUUCUCUGCUUCCCCACUGUCGGUACGGCCGGAAAACGGGCGCCCCUCCCGGAAUAAAGCCGUCCACGUGGACUGCA